UCCGACCAGAAAAAAAUCAUUACCCCACUACAGCUGCCACCCCUCUCCGACGACAUCCCUGUCCUUAUCUUCUCUGACUGGAUUUCUUUCGGUCCAAAGACCCGUUCCUUCCUUUCCUUUCCCACUCUUUACCUUGUAAACCACAGAUCACUUUCACCUGGUCUCUGUAUUCCCGAGGAUCGACUUUCGUAUCUGCUGGUUCACUGCGCAGGUGCCUUUCAAAGCAACCUCAAAAUUUGGGGGUUCUCUCCACCUUUCCUUGUUUGUCUGUGA